AAAAAAACUCGUAAAAAUAAAAAAUAUAAGUUAGAGAAAGAGAGAGACUCGGAAGAAGUUGAGUGAUAAAUUGCCCAAGACUCGCAAGAAAAACACAAGCUGAAGAAUUAUGGGGAGAAAUGGUCCAUGCUUCCAUUGCGGUAUAAAUUCUACUCCACUAUGGCGCCAAGGACCAACAAACAAGCCAGUGUUGUGCAAUGCAUGUGGGACAAGAUAUCGACUUAGGGGAGACCUUGACAACUAUUUUCCAAAGUAUUGUCUUCCAAAAGAACUCAGCUGUAGAAACAAUGAUUUCAAUGAAAAUUCACCAAGCAAAGUUUUAAAUUUAGAUGAUGAUGAAAAGCAUUUAAACCCACUCAAGUCUAGAACUCCUUCAAAGAAACAUAGUUUGAGAAUUGUCAACAAGAGGAAGACACCUAUGGAGAAAUUUCAUAAACAACUUCUCAAAGAGUUGAAAUAUGAGAACAUCCCAAAUGAGUCAUCUCCCGAAGAAGCUUUGUUAUUUGAAAAUGUCAACAAUUUCAUACCUUCAAAUGAAAUUGGAGUUGGAGUUGUUCUUCUUAAACCAUAA